AUGAAGUGCGGGGGGAACGAGACUGCUCUGCGGAACUGUGAAUCAUAUCCAUGGGGUCAUUAUUCUCUGUCCCACGACAGAGAAGCCGGCGUCAUCUGCGCAGGGCAGGUCAAACCCAGAUUAGUGAAUGGGAACAGUCCUUGUGCAGGGAGACUGGAAAUUUACGACAAUCUAACUUGGAGGACAAUUUGCAGUGACGAUUCCUGGGCCUUAACGGCUGCUAAUGUUGUUUGUCAGGAAUUGGGUUGUGGCUCUGGAGCUGUGCCGCCACCUGAUGCUCACUUUGGAGAAGGAGCGGGUCCAGUUAUCGGCCCACCCGGUUGCGGACAUCAACGGGAUCUUGGUGUGAUCUGUUCAGGAACCAUCGCACCUCGCCUGGUGAAUGGAAACAGUGCUUGUGACGGGAGGCUGGAGAUUUAUGCGAAUGGUUCUUGGAGGACUGUCUGCGGCCUUGGAUCGUGGCACUUAUCGAGUCUGGACUUCACUUGUAAAGCACUGAACUGCGGCUCUGCAAUGGAAGCGCAGAUUAAUGCUCAAUUUGGAGAAGGAUCAGGACCCGUUAUUGGACCACCUGGUUGCAGCCACCAACAAGACAUUGGAGUGAUUUGUUCAGAAAGCAGAGAUCUCAGACUGGUGUCUGUGGACUCCCGAUGUUCCGGUCGUCUCGAAAUUCGCCAGCGGCAGCAAUGGGGGACAGUCUGUGACAGAUACUUCGACUGGGAAGACGCUGCGGUGGUUUGCGCGCACCUGAAGUGCGGAACAGUAGCGGGAAUCCAAGGAAGAGCUCAC